AUGUCUAUUGCCAGGCUUGUUAGCCUUUCCCUCGCCUCCGCUGCCGUUGUCGCCGGCCAUGGCUAUGUUACCGGAAUUGUGGUCGAUGAUAAUCAAUAUUAUGGAGGGUAUCUUAUGACUCAAUAUCCUUAUACCGAUACCCCUCCUGGUGUUGUUGCAUGGUCCGAAAGUGCUACCGAUCUGGGGUUUGUUAAUGGCACUGGUUAUACCGGUGGUGAUAUUAUCUGCCAUCGGGAUGCUGAAAAUGCUGCUCUCUCUGCUACCGUUACUGCUGGUAGCACUGUUCAGUUCCAGUGGGAUGACUGGGAUGAGAGUCACCAUGGGCCUGUUAUCGAAUACCUUGCGCGGUGUGAUGGUGACCGCUCUGUUGUUGACAAGUACUCGCUCAAGUGGUUCAAGAUCUCUGAAAAGGGACUUAUCGAUGCCAUUGGUAACACUGGUCAAGGUUUCUGGGCUUCUGAUGAGCUUAUUGCCAAUAACUAUAGCUGGAGUACUACUAUUCCUAGCAGUAUUUCCGCGGGCAAUUAUGUUCUUCGUCAUGAAAUCAUCGCCCUACACUCUGCUAGUGAGGCAAAUGGCGCCCAGAACUACCCCCAGUGUUUUAACCUUAGGAUAACCAGUGAUGGCUCUGAUAACCCCGCUGGCAUUCCUGGAACGGAGCUCUAUUCCGCGACUGAUCCUGGAAUUCUGUUUAAUAUUUGGGAAACUAUGGAUUCCUAUCCUAUUCCUGGUCCUGCCCUUUACCCCAAUGGCUCCUCAGGCAGUACCCAGCCUCCCAGCUCUACUGCUGUUACCACCAAUUCCGCCCUGACUUCGUCACGUAUAGUGACCGUUGCCACCGCCCCUCCAUCCAUCAUGACCCCGACUUCCGCCCCUCAGACUGUCUUUGACCCUACCACGACUCCCACAGCAGGGCCCAGCAAGAACCCCAACAACCCAUCCCUUUUCAACCACAGUACUAGUGCCCCGAAGCCAGACUCCAGGAAUGCUGGGAGAUUCCUUCAUUACCUCCAAAAGAUGUUUUCUUCCCUCGUUUCUCAUAAGGCUCAUCCACGCUCGCUUAAAAUAACAAAAUAA